CUGGCACUCGGGCCGGCUCGGAGCUCUGCCAGGCGCGGGGUGCAGCCCCCGCCGACCCGCGGACCAGAGCCGCUCACCCUCCCCGGCCGACGUGAGCUCGGCGCCCCGGGCUGGCUUGAAUUUGUUGCCAGAUUCAUCUCGGAGGAAGUCAUGGAAGCCAUCCUGUGAGCUCUGCAGCCAGGUGAAUUCGGUGAUCGUGUCUGAGAAUAAUUCAUCCAGGUAAUCAAAAUGAUGCUCAACGCCUCUAUCGAAGACGGCAUUAAAAGAAUCCAGGAUGACUGUCCCAAAGCCGGGAGGCACGAUUACAUAUUUAUCAUGAUCCCCACUCUCUACAGCAUCAUCUUCGUGGUGGGAAUAUUCGGAAACAGCUUGGUGGUGAUCGUCAUUUACUUUUACAUGAAACUGAAGACUGUGGCAAGUGUUUUCCUCUUGAACUUGGCGCUGGCCGACCUAUGCUUCCUCCUGACUUUGCCCCUCUGGGCCGUCUACACAGCAAUGGAAUACCGCUGGCCUUUUGGCAACUCCCUGUGCAAGAUCGCCUCGGCCAGCGUCAGUUUCAACCUCUAUGCCAGUGUGUUUCUGCUCACCUGUCUGAGCAUCGACCGCUACCUGGCCAUCGUCCACCCCAUGAAGGCCCGCCUGCGGCGCACGAUGCUGGUGGCCAAGGUCACCUGCAUUGUCAUCUGGCUGCUGGCCGGCUUGGCCAGCUUGCCGACGGUCAUCCACCGGAACGUGUUCUUCAUCGAGAAUACCAACAUCACCGUGUGUGCCUUCCACUACGAAUCCCAGAACUCCACCCUGCCCGUCGGGCUGGGGCUCACCAAGAACAUCCUGGGCUUCCUCUUCCCUUUCCUGAUCAUCCUCACCAGCUACUCGCUCAUCUGGAAGGCCCUGAAGAAGGCCUACGAGAUACAGAAGAGCAGGCCCAGGAACGACGACGUCUUCAAGAUGAUCCUGGCCAUCGUGCUCUUCUUCUUCUUCUCCUGGGUGCCCCACCAGGUGUUCACCUUCCUGGACGUCCUGAUCCAGCUGGGCAUCAUCCGCGACUGCCGGGUGUCCGACGUCGUGGACACGGCCAUGCCCAUCACCAUCUGCAUUGCCUACUUCAACAACUGCCUGAACCCGCUCUUCUACGGCUUUCUGGGGAAAAAGUUCAAGAGGUACUUCCUCCAGCUCCUGAAGUACAUGCCCCCGAAGGCCAAGUCCCACGCAAGCCUGUCGACCAAAAUGAGCACGCUCUCCUACCGGCCCUCGGAUCCCGGGAGCUCCUCCUCCAAGAAGCCGGCCCCGCGGGUCGAGGUCGAGUGAGGCCACGGCGGGAGGAGCGCGGAACCGGCCCUCGCUCCCCGUGCGCCCGGCAGCUCUCGCUCCUCCCCAGAAGGUCUUGGACCAGGCGACGGAAUCUCGUUCCUAGAGCUCUGAACAAAUGCUUCCGUCUGUCCCCUCAAAAUCAGAGCCGCCAGUGCCGCAUUCUGUGUUCACGGCACAGGGUGGCGGCCACUCCCAGGGCUUGUGGGGAUGUGGGCGAGGACACCUCGCAUCUCAGACGUGGACCUGGACAUCUGCGUUGGGGGGAGAAACGCAGCCUGCCCCGUCGCCCCUGCUCGGUCGCUGUGGGUCCUACACGAAGGUGCUUGGAGCACACGAACCCUUCCCGGCAGCCGUUCUUACACUCUUCCUCAUCGUCACCCGCUCCUGAUCUUGUUUCCUGGAGCCCCCACAUCUUAAGCUUGUGCUGUGCCCCCAUCUGUGUACUCGAGUUUUCUCCACUUGGUCCCCGGGGAGUAUUCUGGGAGUCUUUGAAUCUUCACCUGACCCCAAGUUGAGAAACGCUCCCUUAGAACUAAUUCUAGGAGAUCAGAGCUGAAGAUGUGCCCAUUCCAAAGGCACUAGAGUUUUUGUGCCCAGUUUUUGUGCUCGGAGUAUGAUGACCCUCUCAUUCCUGCUACUAUAGGUCACUUGGUGGUCCAAAAGCUGCCUGAAGACUAGUUAUCACGGUCCAGAACUUUUGUGAAACUCCACCUGUGUCAUAUAUAUAGGUUCACACCCCCCAAAACUUAGCAAAUGCUUGAUUUGUGUUGAUGAGGCCACUACAUUGAUGCAUAACAAUUCAUCUGAAGAUAAAGCUGUCCUUGAGUCCCAGGUAGUUGUGUCUUUCCUGUGAAAUUAGUUAUAUUUUAUAUCUGAAGAGUAUCUAUAUUUUGUGUGUAAAAAAUUAUAUCGCAUCAAGUUUGCUUUACUGUUUUCAAAAGUAUGUAUUUUACCUAUGUAUGUAUAUGUAUAUCUUUAAACUAAUGUUACUUGAUUAAAAAGGUGGCAGG